ACACACACACACACCUAAAAGAGGACACGGUUUGUAUUUUAAGUGACACAAAAAUCAACGUUACCUCCUUCGACACUAAUGAAAAUACCGUUGUUGGUCAUCAAGCCCAGUCAGUCACUCGACUCCAUGCUUAACGUUACAUCCUGGUGCAGCUGACUAAAAUGUCCCCACCCAGAGAUAUCACUUCCAAACAGAUAUUGGACCCGUGCUUUGUUUUUUCUAAACAGCUUCUCAAAUGAUUGCCCGUUUUAAAAGAAGUAUACGUUUGACGGGUACGACGUGAUGUUCUUCCCGUAUUGUUGUGAGUGUCCAGACGUCUGCACUUAAAUCUUAGGUCACAAACUUGCCGCACACGGACUUAUUUACAUGUGACGCAGCCACACGGCUUCAUAGCGCGAGGUAUCAGUGCAGAAAGACUACAGAGGACACUUUGAGUACUUUGAGUUUGUCCUGAGACCGUCUCUGAUACCGUUAUGGGUUUAAAAAUCAAUGGGAAAUGGAGGUGAGGUCACCUUAAGUUAUUAUGACUAUUUAACCUCGCAGCUGGCUAGAGGGCAAAGGUCAUGACCAUGCUCCCUACACAAGUGAAGUGUCUGCACAGGCUGCUACAGCUUAAGCACAUAUGUUGGUGCCCUACGUCGCUCGGAAAAGCACCUUCCUCCAGACUGGUUUUGGGCAUCGAGACGAGCUGCGACGAGACUGGAGCUGCUGUGCUGGACGAGACGGGCCACAUACUGGGGGAGUCUCUCCACUCACAGAAAGAAGUUCACCUGAGGACCGGCGGCAUCAUCCCCACCGUGGCACAGCAGCUCCACAGAGAAAACCUAGAGCGCGUGGUCCAGGAGGCUUUGGAGAGGAGCGCCGUGGACCCGAGCCGGCUCUCGGCCGUGGCCACCACCGUGAAGCCGGGCUUGGGCCCGAGCCUGGGCGUCGGCCUCGAGUUCAGUCGGAGGUUUGUGAGGCGGCACGACAAGCCCUUCAUCCCCAUCCACCACAUGGAAGCCCACGCCCUGACCGUCAGGAUGCUUCGGCCUGUCGCCUUCCCCUUCCUGGUCCUGCUGGUCUCCGGGGGUCACUCGCUUCUCGCCGUGGCUCGAGGAGUCAAUGACUUCUUGCUCUUGGGCCACGCUCUGGACGAAGCUCCAGGGGACACACUGGACAAAGUGGCGAGACGUUUGUCCCUCAUUAAACACCCGCGGUGCUCCACGCUGAGUGGAGGACAAGCUAUUGAGCUUCUAGCAAAGGAGGGUGACCGGACGAGGUUCCCUUUCAGGACGCCUAUGGGACAAACGUACGACUGCUGCUUUUCUUUCGCCGGGCUACGGAAUCAAAUCAACAUGACGAUAAUGAAGAACGAGGCGGAGGAAGGUAUAGAACAGGGGACACUGCUGUCAUGUGUGAAUGACAUUGCAGCUUCGACGCAGCAUACGGUUGCCUCUCACCUUGCAAAGCGAACACAUCGCGCCAUCUUGUUCUGCAAGGCCAACGGCCUGCUGCCAUCAAACAGUCCCACCGUGGUGCUGUCUGGAGGAGUUGCAAGCAAUGAGUAUAUCCGCAAGGCAUUGACCGUCAUCACCGACGCAACAGGACUCAGCUUGCUCUGUCCUCCAGCCAAGUUCUGCACCGACAAUGGCGUGAUGAUCGCAUGGAACGGCGUUGAACGCCUGAGAGAAGGGAAAGGGAUACUUCCUCCAGAUGUGGAUGUCUCCUACGAGCCAAAGGCACGGCUGGGUGUUGACAUGACUGCACAGGUGAAGGCAGCCGCCAUCAGGAUGCCGUCAGUCAGGAUGAAGAUCCCCAGAUGACACACUGUUGGCUUUUUUGUCACACUUUGAAGUACAGUGUAUAUACUAUGUGUAUAUUACAUAAUAGUACAUAAUAGGUUUUCGUUGAAUGGGCGACCAAUACAUAUGCCAAAAUAAUUUGUUCUAAUGACAAGACGGCAGCAACCAUCUGAGGGCAUGGAAGUGUUCACAUUUUUAAAAUGUAUAAAGAUUGUCUUUUUUUGCUGUAUGCAUGCACUUAUAUUUGAUUAUAGUUCCACAGAAAGCUGUUUUUUGCCACCUGAAAACAGAGCAGCCUAAUUUUGUAUGUAAAUCCAGUUUGUCCCGCUUAUUGUAUGAUCACCAAAUACAUUUGAUUAAUGUUUAAUGGUCUCUUAUAUUAAAGGAGAACUGUAGAACAUUAACAAAAUAUAUACAGCUGUUAAUGAUAUCGAGUAAACCCCAUUAAAUUGUCAAACCACUGUAAUCUACAGAAGAUACCAUUCAAUUGAGGUAUACACUUGUUUGCUAUUGGCUAAGCAGCACCCUCUAGUGGUUAGUUAACGUAAAUGCUCCUCAGCAACCUACAUCAUACAAACACCUAUAGAGCAACUAAUGGCCUGAAAUUAAACUACACAUUCUCUUUUGAAAAAAAAAGUAUAAUCUUAUUCAAAAGCCCAUGAAUGGUUUCAACCACCGAGAAAAAUAUGAA